AUGGCUCCCAGCGUGAUUGUCGUGGGUGGUGGUCUUUCCGGCCUGAGUGCAGCGCACACCAUCUACCUCGCCGGUGGCAACGUUACUGUUCUAGACAAGCAGGGUUUCUUCGGCGGUAACUCCACAAAGGCCACUUCUGGCAUCAACGGUGCCUUGACAAGGACGCAGGUCGAGCAGGGCGUCGCCGACAGCGUCAAGCAGUUCUACGAUGAUACACUCAAGUCAGCCCGUGACAAGGCCCGUCCGGACCUCAUCAAGGUCCUCACCUACAAGUCUGCUGCCGCUGUCGAGUGGCUGCAGGACGUCUUCAACCUCGACCUGACUCUUGUUUCGCGGUUAGGUGGACACUCUCAGCCCCGAACACACCGUGGUCAUGACGCCAAGUUCCCCGGCAUGGCCAUCACCUAUGCCCUGAUGCAGCGUCUCGAAGAGCUCUCCGAGAACGAACCCCACCGUGUUACCAUCAUCAAGAAGGCCCGUGUGACCAGCCUGAACAAGGAGGGAAACAAGGUCACUGGUGUCACAUAUGAGUUCAACGGAGAGUCUCUCGUCGCUGAGGGCCCCGUUAUCCUGGCUACUGGUGGCUACGCCGCCGACUUCAGCGAGACUUCGCUCCUGAAGAAGCAUCGUCCUGAUACCUAUGAUCUGGCCACCACCAACGGCACCCACGCCACUGGUGACGGCCAGAAGAUGGUCAUGGCCAUUGGCGGUAACGGCAUUGAUAUGGACAAGGUCCAGGUGCACCCUACCGGUCUGGUUGACCCCAAGGACCCUGGCUCAAAGUGGAAGUUCCUUGCUGCUGAGGCUCUCCGUGGUGAGGGUGGUAUCCUCCUCAACGCCGAUGGCGAGCGCUUCUGCGACGACCUUGGACACCGUGACUACGUCUCGGGCAUGAUGUGGAAGGAGAAGGACAAGGGCAAGUUCCCUAUCCGUCUCGUCCUCAACUCCAAGGCCUCCAACGUCCUUGACUUCCACACUCGCCACUACUCUGGCCGUGGUCUGAUGAAGAAGAUGACUGGCAAGGAGCUCGCCAAGGAGAUUGGAUGCACCCCUGAGCACCUCCAGAAGUCCUUCCAGACCUAUAACGCCAUCGCCGAGGGCAAGCAGAAGGAUCCCUGGGGCAAGAAGUUCUUCCACAAUAUGCCAUUUGACAUCAAUGAUGACUUCCACGUCUCCCUUAUGGAGCCCGUGCUGCACUUCACCAUGGGUGGUAUCGAGAUCAACGACAAGGCCCAGGUCCUCAACCAGGAUCAGGAGCCCUUCGAAGGUCUCUACGCCUGUGGUGAGCUGGCUGGUGGUGUUCAUGGUGCUAACCGUCUCGGUGGCUCAUCUCUUCUGGGAUGUGUUGUUUACGGCCGUGUUGCUGGUGAUACCGCCAGCAACUACCUCUUCCAGAAGGCCCUCCAGGGACAGACUGGUGCCGCCCAACGUCUUGGCCAGAUCUCUCUCCACCUCGACCCUUCCUCUCCUGGCAAGCUUACUGUUGAGUGGGCAAACGGUGGCUCCGGCUCCGGCGCCGUCCAGGCACAGGCCGCUGCUCCUACCGCUGCCCCCGAAGUAAGUGCCCCCGCCAAGCCCGAUCCCAAGAAUUUCUCGGUCCCGGAGAAGGAAUUCACCAUGGAGGAGGUUGCCAAGCACAACACAAAGGGUGACCUUUGGGUUGUCGUCAAGGGCGUUGUCAUGGACCUGUCUAACUGGCUGGAAGAGCACCCCGGCGGCCCCCAAGCAAUCAUGAACUUCAUGGGCCGUGACGCCACUGAGGAAUUCGAGAUGCUGCACGACGACGAGGUCAUCCCUAAGUACGCCCCGGAGCAGGUCAUCGGUCGUGUAAAGGGCCAGGAAGUCACCCUCGAGUUAUAA